GCUGUGACAUGAUGACUCCUCCUAGUCCUUCCCAACUAACCAAAAUACAUGUAGCUCGAAGGAAGGAAGAAAGCAGUUGGGAUCAAAACAUGGGAAUCCAUGCCUACGCUCCUUUAUCAUUGCCACCUUCGCUAACCUCACCCCAUAUCAAAAUCCUCUCACCCAGAAUCCACCUCAAACCAAUCUCAGCCACUCUAAAUUCGCCCAAAGGCUUUGGACCCGCAUCAAAGAAACCAAAAAAACCCAAGAAGCCAAACAAGAAAUACGAAAGCGAAGACGAAGAUGAGGAUGAGAGAGAGGAAGGGGUGAUACCGGAGAUCGUGACAAAUAGGAUGAUGAGCAGAAUGGGACUCUCAGUUGGAAUCCCACUCUUCAUAGGACUCUUAUUCUUCCCAUUCUUCUACUAUCUAAAGGUUGGGUUGAAAAUCGAUGUCCCCACAUGGGUGCCCUUCAUCGUGUCGUUUGUCUUCUUCGGCACUGCGCUUUUGGGGAUCAGUUAUGGAAUUGUGUCGGCCAGUUGGGAUCCAUUGAGGGAAGGCUCACUCUUGGGCUGGAAUGAAGCUAAGAAGAAUUGGCCUGUUUUCUGGCAGUCCUUGCGUGGUGGAAAUAAAUAAUACUCUGAUUCUAAUUUCUUCUCCAUUUUUGCACACUGUGUUUCUUUGAUCUUGUUAUCAUGUUUUGUUUGGGUUUAUUACAUAUAUUUGUUGACAGAGUAACAUUAGGUGUGUUGCCAAAUGCAGGGUAGUCUUGGAUAUUCACCAUUUCUUGAUUACAGGGUGCCUUUAAUAUAGUAUAUUUGGUA